CGAAGAUCAUCUUAAAUUGGCGAAACGCGUCUCAUAACGCGAUCCGUGACAGUGACAAAUGGCGUAUGUGACGGUAUCGAGUCACGAAAAUGUUUUGCAGGAUGGAUCUGAAGUCGAUCGGCCGAGUUGUGCUUUACCAGUACAGUUUGUUCAUCCACCGUUCGCCAUGGAAAGUGAACGGCUGGCCCGUGUGGUAGCUCGACUCCAAAAUAUUCCGUCAAUCUCGCUACCCACCGACUAUCCACGGCCGACAGGACACAGGCUGGUCGAAGCCGCUAUUACUGCUGAUCUUUCAGAACAGGCUUGCCUUGGACUCCUCAAAUUAGCCCUGUUUAACGAAGACGAGGACGAAAAUUACGAUGACAACAUUGCGAGCAGAACACCAUCUCCUUUCCAUCUCUUGCUUGCGUCUUUCUCUGUCCUGCUUCAUCGCUAUACUGGAGACACCGAUAUUGUGAUCGGGACAUCUUCCUCCACUGUUAGCGACCCUCUCGUGGUUCGUAUCUCUUUAGAUCCGACGGAUCCUUUCUGGGCAGUUGUGCGCAAGGUACAACAUGUCGAGCAGGAAGCCGAAGCAGACGCUGUACCCUACGAGACUCUUGUUCGUGCUAUGGGCAAAGACAAGACCGACAGUGCAGAAGCUACCCGUCCGCUAUUCCGUGUCCGAUUCUUCGAUGAAAUCGAUGCGUCUCGCGACUUCCUACAUACUACAAGUCUAACAUCCGAUCUCACUAUCUUUGUUGGACGGCAGCAAGAGUCAAGUCGAGCCUCAUUGGCACCUCAUAUUUCUCUGCGAAUUUUAUACAACGCACUCCUAUUUACCCCCACCCGUAUUCAAUUUAUUGUGGACCAGUUAUCUGCUUUGCUUCGCAAAGUCGCUUCGAACCCACUUUCACCUGUGGGCACCGUUCCCUUGCUCACUCCUAACCAGAGGGAGAAAAUUCCUGAUCCCACUGGAAAUCUUCGUUGGUGCGACUUUAAAGGAGCGAUCACUGACGUCUUCAGCCGCAAUGCCAAGCAGUUCCCCGACCGAACUUGUGUCAUCCAAUCACUUCCUGUAGCUGCUCCUGGAGUCCCGCAGGAGCGGAGAAUGUUCACGUACGGAGCAAUUCGUCACGCGGCGAAUACAUUAGCUCACCAUCUCCUGCACCAUGGCGUUCAACGGGAAGAGGUUGUCAUGGUCUAUGCUCAUCGUAGCGUGGAACUUGUAGUCGCGGUUAUGGCCAUUCUCAAGGCUGGUGCCACCUUCUCUGUUAUUGAUCCUGCCUAUCCUCCAAGCAGACAGACCAUCUAUUUGAAGGUCGCACAACCUCGUGCACUCGUUGUCUUGAAGGGAGCAGGCAAGAUUUGUCCUUCUGUGCGCGACUUUAUUUCGCAGGAGCUCAAAAUUCGAGUUGAAGUCCCAGCUCUCGAAUUGCUUGAUGACGGUACUAUCGCUGGUGGCGACGGUGUUAACGGAGAAGACGUCUUGAAAACUCAUACGCAUCUUGCGGAAACUGACCCUAAUGUCGCCUUGGGUCCUGAUAGUGUUGCCACGCUUUCAUUCACCAGUGGGAGUACUGGUAUUCCCAAAGGUGUGAAGGGCAGACAUUACAGUCUGACACACUUCUUCCCUUGGAUGGGUGAACGUUUCGGGCUGGACGAGAACUCCAAGUUCACCAUGUUGUCGGGUAUCGCUCAUGAUCCCAUUCAACGUGACAUGUUCACGCCACUAUUCUUCGGUGCUCAGCUUUACGUGCCUACGGCUGAGGACAUCGGAACGCCCGGACGACUUGCGGAAUGGAUGGCAGAGAAUGAAGUCACGGUGACUCACUUGACCCCCGCCAUGGGUCAGCUUCUCUCGGCACAAGCCACUUCUCAAAUUUCCUCCCUCCGAAAUGCGUUCUUCGUCGGCGAUGUUCUCACCAAACGGGAUUGUCAUCGUCUUCAAUCCCUCGCAGCGAACGUGAACAUCAUCAACAUGUACGGCACAACUGAAACUCAACGCGCAGUAUCGUACUUCCUUAUACCUAGCGUAUCUGAAGACCCUACGUUCCUUGCUACUCAAAAGGACAUAAUGCCUGCUGGCCAGGGCAUGAUUGACGUCCAACUCCUCGUUGUCAAUCGCAACGACAAAAACAUUCUUUGCUCUGUGGGGGAAGUUGGCGAGAUCUACGUUCGUUCAGGUGGUCUGGCCGAAGGCUACUCUGAUCCCGAAGCCACAGCUGAGAAGUUCGUGACGAAUUGGUUCGCGGUAGACUCGCAUCCCCGUCAUGAUACCAUCCGUCACCCACAUACCGGUCUUGCAGGUCCAGAAUCACUCUACUGGAAAGGCAUUCGUGAUAGGAUGUACCGGUCUGGAGAUCUCGGACGCUAUCUUCCCAAUGGUAUCGUCGAGUGUACGGGACGUGCUGACGAUCAAGUCAAAAUUCGAGGCUUCCGUAUUGAGCUUGGCGAAAUCGAUACCCUUCUCAGUCAACAUCCACUUAUUCGGGAGAACGUUACACUCGUUCGGAGAGAUAAGGAUGAGGAGAAGAUCCUUGUCAGCUACUUCGUACCUGCCGAUAGUCCUGCUUUGGAUGAGUACGCUAGUGAUAUUGGCGAGGCUGAGGACGAGAAGGGUGUUGUGAGUGGUAUGAGAAAGUACCGACGCUUGAUCAAGGAUAUUCGGGAAUAUCUCAAGAAGAAGCUCCCGAGCUACAGUGUCCCUACCUUGUUCGUACCCCUCAAGCGUAUGCCCCUCAAUCCCAAUGGGAAGAUCGACAAACCCGCACUUCCCUUCCCCGAUACCGCGCAACUUGCAGUUAUUGAAGCUGCUCGCACAGCCGGUCAAGCGGCUGCCACCCCCACUGAAGAAAAUAUCCGUUCAAUCUGGGCCCGCAUUCUUCUCAAUGCACCUUCACCGAUUCCCUUGGAUGAGGACUUCUUCGAUAUGGGUGGCCACUCUAUCCUUGCUACUCGUCUAAUCUUCGAGAUCCGUAAAACGUUUGUCGUCGACGCACCUCUUGGACUAGUAUUCGACAAGCCUACCAUUCGUAGCCAAGCCCAGGCGAUAGACCGUCUCAGAAACGCCGAUCUGGGCUUUGCUGAGAAGAACGGUGACAAGACUCCUGGAGUACCCUCUGAUGUGUCAGUUCCUGGACAAGCUGUUCUUGCAGCGGCUAUUCCUCGUAUCGAGUAUAGCAAGGAUUAUGAAACCCUACUGUCCAAGCUUCAGUCAUCAUACCCCUCGUUACCGUCUGACUAUUCGGACAAGCCGUUGACAGUCUUUUUGACUGGAGCCACAGGUUUCUUGGGCGCGUUCAUCCUCCGGGAUCUCUUGCAGCGUGAUAACAGAGUCAAGAAAGUCAUUUGUCUGGUUCGUGCACGUACAGCGGAACAAGCCCUAGACCGGUUGAGGGAUGCGGCGAGUGGACGUGGCGUAUGGGAUGAGAAAUGGGUCGAGUCUGGUCGAGUAGAAGUCGUCAAGGGUGAUUUGGAUCAAGAACAUUUUGGUCUCGAUCAGUCAACUUGGGACCAUGUCGCGACAGAAGCAGACGCUAUCAUUCACAAUGGUGCCUUGGUGCACUGGGUAUACCCAUACGAGAAGCUCCGAUCUGCCAACGUACUGGGAACCGUCACCGCCAUAGAACUAGCAUCAUCCGGCAAACCCAAGUUCUUUGUAUUCGUGUCCUCCACAUCAGCGAUCGAUACGGAGUACUAUGUCCAACUCUCUGACUCCCUCUCACAGGAUUCAAGCGGACCAGGUGGUGUUCCGGAGGAUGAUGAUCUAGAGGGCGCUCGGACAUCGCUCAAGACCGGAUACGGUCAGAGUAAAUGGGUUUCCGAGAAAUUGCUGUUCGAAGCCGGAAGACGGGGCCUGAGAGGUCAUAUCGUUCGUCCAGGGUACGUUGUGGGCGACUCUGAAUCAGCAGUUACAAACACAGACGACUUUAUCUGGAGAUUGGUCAAAGGCUGUAUUCAGCUUGGCUUGGUUCCCGAUAUCAACAAUACUGUGAACAUGGUACCAGUGGAUCAUGUAGCACGUUCGACGGCGUUAGCUGCCCUGGCGCCACUCCCCGAACCUCGUAAUCACCUGAGCGUAUUGCACGUUGCAGCGUAUCCUCGGCCGACAUUCAACGAAUUCUUGUCUGCGUUGACACGGUAUGGCUUCCCUACCAAGACGGCCGAGUACCUCGUUUGGCGGACACAACUCGAGAAGCAUGUUAUGGAAGUACAAGAUAACGCACUAUUCCCGCUACUUCAUUUUGUGUUGGACGACCUACCGACGAGCACGAAGGCACCGGAGCUCAAUGAUACGAACAUGAAGACAUUGCUAGCGCCCCAUAUGGCGCAGACGAACGCCACUGUGGACGAUGAGCUCGUGGGCAAAUACCUAGCUUGGCUGAUCGCUGCUGGUUUUUUGCCUGCACCAAGUGACCCGAACCCGGAAAAGAAACUGCCUCAGCUGGCGAACUCGUCUCUUGCACGGGCUGUCGGACGAAGUGGCAAUUAAGGUGGAUGUAAAGAGAUACGACGCAAAAUGUAUAGUGCUUUGUUUUGACUUACUGCUAAUGAUCGCGAUUUGUCUUUGUUUCAACAUGCUCAGAUCGUUGCCUUCGCGACUCAAUGAGCAGCAAUGGUUUGAGGCUGCUUUACACGCUCCCACCUUUUAAACGUGAUGGUGAUGAAAAGCUGCUUUCAUUGUUGCUUCACGUCAGGACGUCAUAUAUGUGACGUGAUUUAGAUUAACGCGAACCCUCGGAGACUAAAAGAAACCGUCAGCAUGUCUCGCCUUGAAGUACGCGCUGUCCGCACCGCAAGGCGAGCAUCGUCUGGUCGUUUGAAGUUUACCAGUAUCGCUCGCCAAUGUUGUCCUUGGUCUGACGUCCCGCCUCGUUCUUGAAACAUGGCUCCCCAUGAUCUAUUUGUUGCAUCAAAAUCGUCUAAACUGAAGAACCGUGGUAACAUCGAUGACUCCAAGUAUUGUAUCUCGCAUGAUCUCCGUAGUUUCUCAAGCUACACUACAUAUGGCCGUGCGUGCGUCCGACGUUGCGUGCUGACUCCUGCUGCCGGAUGGAGAACUCGUGAUGACAGUCAGAUGCAGUACAUCAAUUGAAAGGAGCUGUGCAUCUUGAAGCGCGGAAUGAUAAGGCAUCGGAAUGAAGUCGUUCUCUCAUAUCCGCGACGGAAACGAGCAUUGCACGGUGGG